ACUGCGCCUUUUAAAAUAGUUUAGUGCGCCGCUCCCACUCCACGAUACCCACUCAGCUGUUACUGUAAAUCGCUGCCACUUUCCACAUGGUGCUAUCCAUUCACAAAUCUGCUUUGGAUGUUAGAGGAGCCUAUCGCUGCCAUAAAGUGGACUGAUCUCAUCGGCUGCCUGUUGUGAAAAACUUGUUGCGCAGCUGCUAUUCCCCCCUCCCUCCAUCAGCUCCAACACUGACAGUCUGACCGCCUGCUGGUAUUUUCUAUCUGUGGACAGAUAGAUCACUUUCAGACAGCGACCAGCUUUCUUUCCCGACCUUAGAGAGAUGCAGCCGAUGACCGCGGCCAUGUGGAUUCACUCCUUCCUUCCUGCUUGUUUGUUUUUCUCAUGAAGUUCCAGAAGUUUAAAUUUAACGAGCUCCAUUAAUAUGAGAAGGAGGACAGAGGAUAGGAGUCAUGAGCUGGACGCGUCCUUGGUGCGGACUGGACUGGAGCCACAGCCUCUUCUACCUGACUGUACUUCUGUGGACAAGACGCAUGAACGGACUGGCUGAUUUUUCAAACUACCUGUCAAGGAUCAUCACAAGCCACUCUGCUCAUGCCUGCAACGGAGCGCCACUGAGACUCCACUGUCCUCGUCACUCCACCAUCUCCAUCCAGUCAGCCUUCUAUGGGAGCGGCCGGGUCCGGCUGUGCUCAGAGGACCCCCAGUCUGGACCCCAAAACCAAAGCUGCUCAGCUUUAACCGCCCUCCAGAAGCUCCUGUCUGAGUGUCAGAACCACAGAGACUGCCAGCUACCAGUCACUCACCUGCUGUUUGGGAAGGACCCGUGCCCCGGCAAGACCAAGUACCUCCAUGUGGAUUACAAGUGCAAACCCUCUGAACACAAAACACAGGUGGUGUGUGAAGGAGAGAUCAUGUUCUUACGCUGUAAGCCCCCCAAGGCGCUGAUCAUCUAUGCAGCUGUCUAUGGCCGAGGUCUGGGUCAGACUGACGCCUGCCCUUCACUCCGGACGAGACCACCCCCAUUCGAGUGUCUGAACCACGAGGCCGUGCAGGUGGUUUCCAAAUCCUGCUACAGCCGACAGAAAUGCGCCGUUGCUGUUGGCAACCAGACCUUCAGGGACCCCUGCUUUCCAGGAACCAGGAAGUACCUCAGUGUGCUUUAUUCUUGUGUGCCGAAGUCUUUACUGAGAGAAGCAGACCCAAGCAUUCUGAGUACCACCUCACUUCCAAGCACAGAAAAAGAUUCUGUUUCAGAUCUGGAGUCAAGUAGACCAGACAGUUCAGGAGCAAUGAUGAGUAACUCUCUUCUGACCUAUGCCUUCAUCAAAGAACACCCAGAGACGGCGGCGCUGCUCUUCACCUCCAGCGUCUGCAUUGGCCUCCUCUUUACACUGCUGGCUCUAUCUGUCCAAGUGACCUGCAGGGGGCGGCGGCUCAGGGAUCACAGGCUUGCAGCCAAGUCAAACGGAGUGAGUCGCAACUGCUCUGAGCAGUAUUAUGAGGACAAAGCCGAGCCGGACGGUGACAAUGAAGGAACAGAGAGCUUUCUGCUUUCAACUGCCGAGAGGAGGGGGAUCCAAAGCUGGGAGGAAGUGACUUACAUGAGCGAGGCGGCUGAGCUGGCGGAGAGGAUCGAACGCAGAGACAUGAUCAUCCAGGAGAUAUGGAUGAACUCCUACCUGAACGGCAGCUCCUGCUGAACAAUUCAUGUGGAUGCUUGGUCAGAACCACGGAGAAAGAGAAAAAAUCUGGUCUCUGAAAUAUUAUAUUCUUCACAGAGGGAUCAGUAGGUGUGUCCUGCAGCAGAUUUUUGUAUAUAUUUUGCAUUUAUCAGCAAAAGAAGCUGAAAUAGUUUUUACUGUGACAUAAAAGCAUUUAACACUUGAUAAAAAUUAUUAUGCUCCUUUAUGAAUCCACUGAAUCUUCACCCUUCAGUCUCCCAUGAGCUGUAAUGUUGAUAUGAAUCUGUGUCCAACUACAAAGCUGCACAAAUGGAUGAAAACA